ACGACGUCGUCGUUUACUUGAGCGCCAUUCUGCAGCCCGACCUGAGCAGCAAGCGCCAGAUUACUGUCCACAGAGGAGAGGCUGGUUUUAAUCACACAGCGCUGAUCUCUUCUAAAGUCCCGUUGGUGUCUUGGUUUGAUCUCCUGCUGCUCUCUCCGUGCAGUACACGCUGCAAUGGCAGCUGCGUUCCCGUUCAGAGGUGUCCCGGGAGCCAUGCCGCCCGGUGUUCCUCCCCCGGCCCCGGUGCCAGACUACAUGUCCGAGGAGAAACUACAAGAAAAGGCCCGCAAAUGGCAGCAGCUGCAGGCUAAGCGGUAUUCGGAGAAAAGGAAAUUUGGUUUCGUUGACACCCAGAAAGAGGACAUGCCCCCUGAGCAUGUCCGUAAGAUCAUCAGGGACCAUGGAGACAUGACCAACAGGAAGUUCCGCCACGACAAACGAGUCUAUCUCGGGGCAUUGAAGUACAUGCCCCACGCAGUUCUGAAGCUGUUGGAGAACAUGCCCAUGCCGUGGGAGCAGAUCCGAGACGUGCCGGUGCUCUACCACAUUACAGGGGCCAUUUCCUUUGUCAAUGAAAUCCCUUGGGUCAUCGAGCCCGUCUACAUUGCGCAGUGGGGUACCAUGUGGAUCAUGAUGCGUCGGGAGAAACGGGACAGACGGCACUUCAAGCGCAUGCGCUUCCCGCCCUUCGACGAUGAGGAGCCUCCGCUGGACUAUGCAGAUAACAUUCUGGACGUGGAGCCGCUGGAGGCCAUUCAGAUGGAGCUGGAUCCUGAGGAGGACGGCCCCGUGGUGGACUGGUUUUACGAGCACCAGCCCUUGAAGGACUCCAAGUACGUCAACGGGACUACAUACAGACGCUGGCAGUUUAGUCUGCCGAUGAUGUCCACCCUGUACCGCCUGGCCAAUCAGCUGCUGACUGAUUUGGUGGACAGUAACUACUUCUACUUGUUUGACCUGAAGGCCUUCUUCACGUCGAAGGCCCUGAAUAUGGCCAUUCCUGGAGGGCCCAAGUUUGAGCCCCUGGUCAGAGACAUCAAUCUCCAGGACGAGGACUGGAAUGAAUUCAAUGACAUCAAUAAAAUUAUCAUCAGACAGCCCAUUAGGACCGAGUACAAGAUCGCCUUCCCAUACCUGUACAACAACCUUCCCCAUCACGUGCACCUCACUUGGUACCACACUCCCAAUGUGGUGUUCAUCAAGACGGAGGAUCCAGACUUGCCCGCAUUCUACUUUGACCCCCUCAUCAACCCCAUCUCUCACAGACAUUCUGUUAAAAGUCAGGAACCCCUGCCUGAGGACGACGAGGAGUUCGAGCUUCCAGAGUACGUAGAACCGUUCCUCAAGGAGACGCCUUUGUACACCGACAACACGGCCAACGGGAUCGCGUUGCUGUGGGCGCCACGACCGUUCAACCUGCGCUCCGGAAGAACCCGCCGCGCCAUCGACGUUCCUCUCAUAAAGAACUGGUACCGUGAGCACUGUCCUGCAGGACAGCCCGUGAAGGUGCGCGUCUCCUACCAGAAGCUUCUGAAGUACUACGUUCUUAACGCUCUGAAACAUCGACCACCAAAAGCACAGAAGAAGAGGUACCUCUUCCGUUCCUUCAAGGCCACAAAGUUCUUCCAGUCCACGAAGCUGGAUUGGGUGGAGGUGGGCCUUCAGGUGUGCAGACAGGGCUACAACAUGCUCAACCUACUCAUCCAUAGAAAGAAUCUCAACUACCUGCACCUGGACUACAACUUCAACCUGAAGCCCGUCAAAACCCUCACCACCAAGGAGCGUAAGAAGUCCCGGUUUGGGAACGCCUUCCACUUGUGUCGUGAGGUUCUCCGUCUGAGCAAACUGGUUGUGGACAGUCACGUGCAGUACAGACUGGGAAACGUCGACGCCUUCCAGCUGGCUGACGGCCUGCAGUACAUCUUUGCCCAUGUGGGUCAGCUGACCGGCAUGUAUCGCUACAAGUACAAGCUGAUGAGGCAGAUCAGGAUGUGCAAGGACCUGAAACAUCUCAUCUACUACCGCUUCAACACGGGUCCGGUCGGGAAGGGCCCAGGUUGUGGCUUCUGGGCUCCGGGCUGGAGGGUUUGGCUGUUCUUCAUGAGGGGCAUUACCCCCCUGCUGGAGAGGUGGUUGGGGAACCUGUUGGCUAGACAGUUCGAAGGCCGUCACUCCAAGGGCGUGGCCAAGACCGUGACCAAGCAGCGGGUGGAGUCCCACUUCGACCUGGAACUCAGGGCGGCCGUCAUGCACGACAUUCUGGACAUGAUGCCUGAGGGCAUCAAGCAGAACAAGGCCAGGACCAUCCUGCAACACCUCAGCGAGUCCUGGAGGUGCUGGAAGGCAAACAUUCCUUGGAAGGUCCCAGGACUUCCCACGCCCAUUGAGAACAUGAUCUUGCGCUACGUGAAGGCCAAAGCUGAUUGGUGGACCAACACGGCCCAUUACAACCGGGAGCGAAUCAGGCGAGGCGCUACCGUGGACAAGACCGUGUGCAAAAAGAACCUCGGGCGCCUGACACGGCUGUACCUGAAGGCCGAGCAGGAGAGGCAGCACAACUACCUGAAGGACGGGCCGUACAUCACUGCGGAGGAGGCUGUGGCCAUCUACACGACCACCGUCCACUGGUUGGAGAGUCGUCGCUUCUCUCCUAUCCCCUUCCCCCCACUGUCCUACAAACACGACACCAAACUGCUCAUCCUGGCACUGGAGAGGCUUAAAGAGGCGUACAGUGUGAAGUCUCGGCUGAACCAGUCCCAACGCGAGGAGCUCGGUCUGAUAGAACAGGCGUAUGACAACCCUCACGAGGCUCUGUCCAGGAUCAAGCGUCACCUCCUCACGCAGAGAGCAUUCAAAGAGGUGGGCAUCGAGUUCAUGGACCUGUACAGCCACCUGGUGCCCGUGUACGACGUGGAGCCUCUGGAGAAGAUCACGGACGCCUACCUGGACCAGUACCUGUGGUACGAGGCCGACAAACGGCGCCUGUUCCCGCCCUGGAUCAAGCCAGCUGACACCGAGCCGCCACCCCUGCUCGUCUACAAGUGGUGCCAAGGUAUCAACAACCUGCAGGACGUGUGGGAGACGAUGGAGGGCGAGUGCAACGUCAUGCUGGAGUCGCGCUAUGAGAAGAUGUACGAGAAGAUUGACCUGACCCUGCUCAAUAGGCUCCUGCGCCUCAUCGUUGACCACAACAUCGCCGAUUACAUGACGGCCAAGAACAAUGUUGUCAUCAACUACAAGGACAUGAACCACACAAACUCGUACGGGAUCAUCCGCGGGCUACAGUUCGCCUCCUUCAUCGUGCAGUACUACGGCUUGGUGAUGGACCUGCUCGUCCUGGGUCUCCACCGCGCCAGCGAGAUGGCCGGCCCCCCGCAGAUGCCCAACGACUUCCUCAGUUUCCAGGACAGCACCACGGAGGUGGCCCACCCCAUCCGCCUGUACUGCCGAUACAUCGACCGCAUCCACAUGUUCUUCAGGUUCUCCGCAGACGAGGCCCGGGAUCUGAUCCAGCGCUACCUGACGGAACACCCCGACCCCAACAAUGAGAACAUCGUGGGUUACAACAACAAGAAGUGCUGGCCCAGAGAUGCCAGGAUGCGGCUGAUGAAGCACGACGUGAACUUGGGCCGUGCCGUCUUCUGGGACAUCAAGAACCGCCUGCCUCGCUCUGUCACCACCGUGCAGUGGGAGAACAGCUUUGUGUCGGUCUACAGCAAAGACAACCCCAACCUCCUCUUCAACAUGUGCGGCUUCGAGUGUCGCAUCCUGCCCAAGUGCCGCACCAGUUACGAGGAGUUCACGCACAAGGACGGAGUUUGGAACCUGCAGAAUGAGGUAACUAAGGAAAGGACAGCUCAGUGCUUCUUGCGUGUGGACGAUGAGUCUAUGCAGAGGUUCCAUAACAGAGUCCGACAGAUUCUCAUGGCCUCUGGUUCCACCACCUUCACCAAGAUUGUGAACAAGUGGAACACCGCUCUGAUCGGUCUGAUGACCUACUUCCGUGAGGCCGUGGUGAACACCCAGGAGCUGCUAGACCUGUUGGUGAAAUGUGAGAACAAGAUCCAGACGCGUAUCAAGAUUGGCCUGAACUCCAAAAUGCCCAGCCGCUUCCCCCCGGUGGUCUUCUACACGCCCAAGGAGCUGGGAGGUCUGGGCAUGCUCUCCAUGGGCCACGUCCUCAUCCCACAGUCCGACCUGAGGUGGUCCAAGCAGACAGACGUGGGCAUCACUCACUUUCGCUCUGGUAUGAGUCACGAGGAGGACCAGCUGAUUCCCAAUCUGUACCGCUAUAUCCAGCCAUGGGAGAGCGAGUUCAUUGACUCUCAGAGAGUCUGGGCUGAGUAUGCCCUGAAGAGGCAGGAGGCCAUCGCCCAGAACAGGCGCCUGACCCUGGAGGACUUGGAGGACUCGUGGGACAGAGGAAUCCCACGAAUCAACACCCUGUUCCAGAAAGACAGGCACACUCUGGCCUAUGACAAGGGCUGGAGAGUCAGAACGGACUUUAAACAGUACCAGGUGCUGAAGCAAAAUCCCUUCUGGUGGACACAUCAGAGACACGACGGGAAACUGUGGAACCUCAACAACUACCGUACGGAUAUGAUCCAGGCUCUGGGCGGAGUGGAGGGGAUCCUGGAACACACACUCUUCAAGGGCACAUACUUCCCCACCUGGGAAGGUCUCUUUUGGGAGAAGGCCAGUGGCUUUGAAGAGUCCAUGAAGUGGAAGAAGCUUACCAACGCUCAGAGAUCGGGUCUGAACCAAAUCCCCAACCGACGGUUUACUCUCUGGUGGUCUCCCACCAUCAACAGGGCUAAUGUGUACGUGGGAUUUCAGGUGCAGCUGGACCUCACAGGAAUCUUCAUGCACGGCAAAAUUCCAACGCUGAAGAUCUCCCUGAUCCAGAUCUUCAGAGCUCACUUGUGGCAGAAGAUCCAUGAAAGUAUUGUCAUGGAUCUGUGUCAGGUAUUUGACCAGGAACUGGAUGCCCUGGAGAUUGAGACAGUCCAAAAGGAGACCAUCCACCCCAGGAAGUCCUACAAGAUGAACUCGUCCUGCGCGGACAUUCUUCUGUUUGCCUCUUACAAGUGGAACGUCUCGCGGCCCUCGCUUCUUGCCGACUCCAAGGACGUUAUGGACAGCACCACUACUCAGAAGUACUGGAUUGACAUCCAGUUGCGAUGGGGAGACUACGACUCCCACGACAUUGAGAGAUACGCCAGAGCAAAGUUCCUGGACUACACCACAGACAACAUGAGCAUCUACCCCUCCCCCACCGGUGUGCUGAUCGCCAUUGACCUGGCCUACAACCUGCACAGCGCCUAUGGAAACUGGUUCCCAGGCAGCAAACCCCUGAUCCAGCAGGCCAUGGCGAAGAUCAUGAAGGCCAACCCCGCUCUGUAUGUGCUGAGGGAGCGCAUUCGCAAGGGUCUACAGCUCUACUCGUCCGAGCCUACUGAGCCCUACCUGUCCUCGCAGAACUACGGCGAGCUCUUCUCCAACCAGAUCAUCUGGUUCGUGGACGACACGAACGUGUACCGGGUCACCAUCCAUAAGACCUUUGAGGGCAACUUGACAACGAAACCGAUCAACGGGGCCAUUUUCAUUUUCAACCCCAGGACGGGGCAGCUGUUUCUGAAGAUAAUUCACACAUCUGUGUGGGCGGGACAGAAACGUCUGGGACAGUUGGCCAAGUGGAAGACAGCAGAAGAGGUAGCUGCUCUGAUCCGCUCCCUCCCUGUGGAAGAACAACCCAAGCAGAUCAUUGUGACCAGAAAGGGCAUGUUGGAUCCCCUUGAGGUGCACUUGCUGGAUUUCCCCAACAUCGUGAUCAAGGGCUCUGAGCUGCAGUUGCCCUUCCAGGCCUGUCUGAAGGUGGAGAAGUUUGGAGAUCUCAUUCUGAAGGCCACCGAGCCUCAGAUGGUCCUGUUUAACCUGUACGAUGACUGGCUCAAGACCAUCUCCUCCUACACCGCCUUCUCGCGUCUCAUCCUGAUCCUGAGAGCCCUCCACGUGAACAACGACCGUGCGAAGGUGAUCCUGAAGCCUGACAAGACCACCAUCACCGAGCCACACCACAUCUGGCCCACGCUGACAGACGAGGAGUGGAUCAAGGUGGAGGUCCAGCUCAAAGAUCUCAUCCUGGCUGACUAUGGCAAGAAGAACAACGUGAACGUGGCAUCUCUGACGCAGUCCGAGAUCAGGGACAUUAUCCUGGGCAUGGAGAUCUCCGCCCCCUCUCAGCAGAGGCAGCAGAUCGCUGAGAUUGAAAAGCAGACCAAGGAGCAGUCUCAGCUGACGGCCACGCAGACCCGCACCGUCAACAAGCACGGCGACGAGAUCAUCACCUCCACCACCAGCAACUACGAGACGCAGACCUUCUCCUCCAAGACUGAGUGGAGAGUCAGGGCCAUCUCUGCUGCCAACCUGCACCUGCGGACCAACCACAUCUACGUGUCCUCAGAUGACAUUAAAGAGACUGGCUACACCUACAUUCUUCCCAAGAACGUGUUGAAAAAGUUCAUCUGCAUUUCAGACUUGCGUGCUCAGAUUGCAGGCUACCUCUACGGCACCAGCCCGCCAGACAACCCCCAGGUGAAGGAGAUCCGUUGCAUUGUGAUGGUCCCUCAAUGGGGGACACACCAGACUGUGCACCUGCCCAAUCAGCUUCCGCAGCACGAGUACCUCAAGGAAAUGGAGCCUCUCGGCUGGAUUCACACACAACCCAAUGAGUCGCCCCAACUCUCCCCCCAGGACGUCACCACCCACGCCAAGGUCAUGGCAGACAACCCGUCUUGGGAUGGCGAGAAGACCAUCAUCAUCACCUGCAGCUUCACCCCUGGGUCCUGUACGCUGACCGCGUACAAGCUGACUCCGAGCGGAUACGAGUGGGGCAGGCAGAACACAGACAAGGGAAACAACCCUAAGGGGUAUCUGCCUUCGCACUACGAGAGGGUGCAGAUGCUGCUCUCUGAUCGCUUCCUCGGUUUCUUCAUGGUGCCUGGCCAAGUCUCCUGGAACUAUAACUUCAUGGGUGUUCGUCACGACCCCAACAUGAAAUACGACCUGCAGCUUUCCAACCCUAAAGAGUUCUACCACGAGGUGCAUCGCCCCUCCCACUUCCUGAACUUCGCCUCCCUGCAGGAGGGCGAGAUCUACAACGCUGAUCGCGAGGACAUGUUCGCCUAGCGCACGAGCGGCUCCUCCUCCUCACGUGCAGCGGAUUCUCUGGGCUUCGGCGAGGCUCGAGCUGGCCAGAUCUUUGUGCUCGAGCGAGGUGUUGACGGUCCUGUCGGAUCGCGAGCCUGUUUUAAGAGUUUGUAUAAUGCUUAAACUUGCUUUCUCUGGCGUGGUAACUUUUUUUUUUUGGUUCACAUUUGCAUAAUGUCUAUUUUUGUGUCACUGUAGUUGUGAGGUAAAACUUCAUGAAAGUUCUUAGAGCUCUUUUGUAAUCUCAAGUACAUUAAAUUGUUUUUGUUUGUUUUUUAAGUGGGUUGUAAUAUUCUUGUCCCCAGUAGCUAUGUUGUGCAUGUGUAAUGUACAUAAUACUUUGGGUCAAAAUAAAGAUAAAUUGAAACAUG